UCACAUCUGAAUUAGGCUCUAUGUAUUUGGACCUGUCAAAGGCCGUGCAGUAGUACUCACAGCUUUCUCAUAAUGCAUUGUAGUAUUUCCUAUGUCCUGGUGUUGUGUGCUCUGCUCCAUCCAAGUGAACAGCAAUGUAGUGUGCACAUCAAAGAGCGUGAAGAUUGUGGUUUUCCCGGGAUAAGUGCUAUGGAAUGUUAUUCCAGAGGCUGCUGCUUUAAUUCAGGUGUUCCCGGGGUUAAAUGGUGUUUUUACCCCAAAAGCACAGCAAGUGACAAGAAACAAUGUAACGUGGAACCAUACAGCAGAAGGGAUUGCGGCUACCCCACAAUAAGUGCUGCUGAAUGUAAGAGGAGGAGUUGUUGCUUUGACUCCAGCAUUCCUGGAGUUAACUGGUGUUUCUUCUCCAAGUCACAAGAUAAAUGGCAAUGUAACGUGGACAUCAAAGAGCGUGAAGAUUGUGGAUUUCCUGGGAUAAGUGCUAAGGAAUGCUUUUCCAGAGGCUGCUGCUUCAAUUCAAGUGUUACUGGGGUUAAAUGGUGUUUUUACCCCAAAAGCACAGCAAGUAAUAAACAAUGUAACGUGGAACCAUACAGCAGAAGGGAUUGUGGCUACCCCACAAUAAGUGCUGCGGAAUGUAAGAAGAAGAAUUGUUGCUUCGACUCCAGCAUUCCCGGGGUUAACUGGUGUUUCUUCUCCAAGUCACAAGAUAAACGGCAAUGCAGUGUGGCUAUCAAAGAGCGUGAAGAUUGUGGUUUUCCCGGGAUAAGUGCUAAGGAAUGCUAUUCAAGAGGCUGCUGCUUCAAUUCAAGUGUUACCGGGGUUAAAUGGUGUUUUUACCCCAAAAGCACAGAUAUACUGCAAUGUAGCGUGGACAUCCAAGAGCGUGAAGAUUGCGGUUUUCCCGGGAUAAGUGCUAAGGAAUGCUAUUCCAGAGGCUGCUGCUUUAAUGCAAAUGUUCCUGGGGUUAUAUGGUGUUUUUACCCCAAAAGUACAGCUAGUGCCAGUGACUCAUCUACGGUGCUUCCUCCUGUGGCAAGCGAAGGUUCGAGACCAUACAUGGAGACUAUUCCGGUAGGAGGGGUGGAUUCCAUUUCGACAACUGCAAAGUUGACAGACCUGUUCGGAACUGCCAGCCCUUCAGGAUCUGAUAAACUGCAAUGUAGUGUGGAUAUCGAAGAGCGUGAAGAUUGCGGAUUUCCUGGUAUAAGCACUGAGGAAUGCUAUUCCAGAGGCUGCUGCUUUGAUUCAAGUGUUCCUGGGGCCAAAUGGUGUUUUUACCCAAAAAUCACAGUUAGUUCCAGUGACUUGUCUCCGGUGCCUCCUACUCCAGCAAGCGAAGGUUCAAUACAACACAUGGAGACUAUUCCGGUGGAAAGGGUGGAUUUCAUUCCUGCAACUGCACAGUUGACUGACACGUUUGGAACUGCUGGCCCUUCAGGAUCUGAUAAACAGCAAUGUAGUGUGGACAUCAAAGAGCGUGAAGAUUGUGGAUUUCCCGGGAUAAGCGCUCAGGAAUGCUAUUCCAGAAGAUGCUGCUUUGAUUCAAGUGUUCCUGGUGCUAAAUGGUGUUUUUACCCCAAAAACACAGGAUGCACUGUGAGCCACGAGCUGAGGAAAGACUGCGGAUAUCCCAACAUCAGCUCCAUGGACUGUCUAUCCAGAGGCUGCUGUUUUGACUCCAGUAUUCCCGGGACCAUCUGGUGCUUCUAUGGAUAUAAAUAAAAUACAAAUGAUUCUCAGUAUAACUGGCUUGUAACAAUCACCGGAGUGUCCGUACAGACAGUAUCCUGGUUCUGUGUGCUUGCUUUUUUUUUUUUUUUUCUGAUCUGUAAAUGUGAUUUUAUUAAACUAGAGAGCUGUCCUUAUUACUUAUUGAGGUUUAGCAUAAAAAUUGUGAUCAUUUCUGUAAGUGUUACAGCAUUAUAUGUACUGUAAUAGCAAUGUUUUGUAGUCCUAUAUGUGGAUUUCCUUUAUCAAUACAUUGAUUCCCAACAUACUUCAUCCCACAAAUCCCAUUUGUAUAAUCAAAUACUUAAACAAGUCCUUAAUGCA